CAAUAAUCAAAUAUAUGGCUUUAAAUCCACCAAUAACUUAGACUGGGGUUCCAUUAAGAGUGGAUCAAGAGUUCUUUAUAUUGUAUAGGAAAGAAAUGGAAGGAUAAUUUAAGAUUGAACCUAUGGGCAAGUUUAAAGCUUCAGGAAAAGUAGAUAAUUGCUUAAAUUUAGGUCUAUAUCACAACAUGUAGAAUGGUUUUUGUGAAUGACAACUUCUAAAGAGAUUCUUUUAAGUCUUUUGAUAUCCCUUUGGCUUAUUUGAGUGCUGAGAAGUUUCGGCAACCAAUACUUGGUAGUAAUUUUUUAGAAGGGGAUGUGGCUCCCUUAUAUAGUCUACUACCAGGAAGAACUCAUUUUAAAUUACGAUUCAAAGCAGGAGGUAGGAAUGAUUUAACACAUUAGGAUGUGAUAAGUUUCUAAGGAUACUUUUUUCUGUGUUAAUAUAAAUCAGAAAAUCUCGAAGUUCUGGAUAACGAGUCCCUGAUGCUCGUAUGAUGGAAAACUUUGCAAGAACCUAGAGUUAAGCCUUUGUAGAUCCUAAUGAUCCAAGCAUUAUCUUUGUACAAUAACCACAGUUGCUAUAAUAAUCUUAUGGAAACCCAACUUGGACCAUUCCGUAAAAUCAAUCUUAGGUUUCUCCAAUAGGUUAGCCCAAUAAUAGGACACCACAGUAACAAUACUAUUAAACACUUAUAAAAUUACAGUAUUAGCAGCCUCCUUAACGCUAUCAAUAAUAUUAGUAGAAUCCUUAAGGAAAUCAAUAAUUUUAACAAAUACCGCAGUAGAACUUCCAGAAUAUACCUUAAUUUGGUACACCUGUUAGUUAUCAUCCUGGGUAUUAACAAUAAACUCAACCAAAUUUCACUCAACCUAGAAUGCAAUAACCAUAAUAGUAUAAUAAUCAACCGCCCAAUCCAUAUUUUCAAUAAAGUCUACCAUAGAAUCAAGUAAACAACCCUUAUGUCUAACCAAAUCAAUAACAAUAACAAUAGGAUCCCUAAUAAACAUAAGAGAUUUAAUAACCAUAAGAAGUAAAUGAGGAUCAAGUUCCUUCCAUAUAAUAGAAUCAGAAUUAAUCAAAUCAGUAUUUAGAAUAAAAUAACAACCAAUAAGAACCUAUUUAAAAUGAAGAAAUAUAACUUUAAAAUCAACCAUAAGCCGAUGAAGUUAGGAACCAACCUAAUACAGCCUUUUACUUUGGAUUUUGGGGUCCUUAGUUACAAUCAAGUUAAAAUGCAAUAUUGUGAAAAAUUCAAUCUG